GCACAAAACAGGGAAACUCAUGCAUACAGAACCUAACGCCAGGUUUCGGUAAUUUAACGCUAAGUGAGGACUGUUUGGUACUAAACAUAUGGACACCUAAUGUGGGAAACAAUGACGAGUCAACUGAGGCACCGGUACUAAAACCAGUCAUGUUUUGGAUUCAUGGCGGGGGUCUAGUAAAUGGAUCCAUAUUUCAAAUGCCUCCCUAUAAUGGCAUAGAUUUGGCCGCAUAUGAUGUGGUGGUUGUGUCCACUAAUUACAGAUUAGGUCCGUUUGGCUUCUUGUAUGGGGAUCGGGAGGACGCGCCCGGAAAUGUGGGCUUUUAUGACCAGUUAUUGGCAAUUAAAUGGGUCAGAGAAAAUAUCCAUCAAUUUGGUGGGGAUAGGGAUCGGAUCACUAUAUUUGGUGAGAGCGCCGGCAGUGUAUCGGUGUCGUCACAAAUAUUAAGCCCAUUAUCAAAGGGGUUGUAUAAGAGGGCUAUUAUGGAAAGUGGGGCCCAUUUGUACAACAAGGACAGGGAUUCGCUUAAUAAGACUGAAGCCCUUUCGGAGGCCAAACAAAUGGCAAAACAACUGAAUUGUAGUGAAACUGAGGAUUGGUUGCAGUGUUUACGAAAAGUGGACGCAAAGGAUAUCUUGAAAUUAGAGAAAUCUGUUUCCACUCCAGUGUUUGAAACCGAGUUUUUACCGGUUUAUACUCAUAAGGCACUCGACGAUCGUCUAUUAAAUUAUGAUAUAGACUUAAUGUCAGGGCUAACCAGAAAUGAAGGCCCACUUCUGGUAGAUCUGGUGUUAAAACAAAUUAAUUUACAAACUGUAGACGACUUUAAAAAGUACGUCAAAGUCGGGGAUGAGUUAUACCAUGGAUUAGAUGUGCAAAAGGUGUCCGACUUUUAUCUGAAUGGUGUGAACACGAGUAGUCCGGCAGCCAUUCGUAGGGCUUAUACAGACUUUUUUGGUGAUUUAAUGAUGAAUUGCCCGACAUAUCUGUUUGCCAAACACCUUGCACAAAUUGUCAAAAACAAACAUAACGUUUACUUUUAUGAGUGGACUUAUCAGAGUCAGUACUUUUCCAAACUAAUGGGAUGCGAUGAGGCUACCAUGGGCAUUUGUCACGGCGCAGACUUACCCUAUAUAUUUGGUAUGCCGUUUCAAAUUCCUAAGCAAGCACAUUUGUUUACAGAGCUGGAUGAGAAAUUUGCUGCUGAUAUUAUGACACUUUGGUCUAAUUUUGCUAAAACUGGGUAUAAAUAA